AUGCUGAGCAAGUUAGGACAAUAUUAUCCAGUAUAUUUCAAGAAAAGGCUUAUAGAUAGCUGAGUUGUCCCAUUUAUAAAAUUGAUUUGAAGGAAAGAAUCCCGAAGCAAUGAGUCUAAAAUAGGAGGAUUUAUUUACGUUUUAUUACUUUUCAUAAGCCAAAUAAAGCUUGCUUUGUGAGAUUUAAAGGCAAUUAUUAAUUUUGACAUCAUUUCCUUGUAUUGAAAAUCCACAAUUUUUAUGCUUUUUAACCCUUUUUACCAAAAAUUUUUGAUUUCUUAA